AUUGUGUGCUGAAAGCCUGAACACUCCCAAGUAUUUUCAAGGACUUUACGCAAAAUUCAAUGAUUAUUCAAACCCUGAAAACACGAAAGUAAUAUCCAAGUAUUUUCAAGGAUUUCAGGGACCCGUACGAACCCUGCUCACAAAUGGGUUUGGAAGCUUGGAUGUCGAUGCACCUCCAGCCUUGAGUUAGUUGAGUGGGAUUAACAGUCUAAGACAUUUAUCCGAAAUGAGAACACUUGCUGUUGGCCACGACUCACACCCAGAUGCUCACACACAGACUAACCGGCCAACCUGACUCCAAAUUAAAUAAGCAACGCUUCUUUGUUUGAGGACCUCCCAGUCGAAAUGGAUUAUUGGAUUGGUGUCUAUCGCUUUCACUGGCAGUUAAUUUAUGAAGGACAUUACAACGGUAGGAAGGAUGUUCAUUUGUUUCCUUAAUUUGAGUGUUGUAAGCGUUAAUAUGCCAACGUUAUUGUGUGAUCAAUGUAAAAAAAUAAAAGCACUUCAUUUUUAUAGCAACUGCGGUUUGUCUAUCACCAUCAAUGGCCAAUUAGUUCAUUAGAAUGAGGGCACCACUUUCCAGGAUAUGAGCAAAAAAAAAAAAAAACAAUACAAUAACAUGUUCGCAAAAUGAUUUUAUGAAGGCCAAAUACACUAAUGAAUCACAUGAAACCAGUAGUACACGCUUAAAUCUAUCACGUGCUUUGCCACGUCCAAAAUGGCGACGAAGUAGACGUACGUCUUCAGGGCAAAAGCGAUUUGCCUAUGUGUGAUGUGAUGUUGCGCUUGUCUUGCAGUUGAGUUGUUCAGUGCCGCUUUGUGGUCGGAGGCCGCGCAUUUGUUGCCAGUUGCCACAGUGCUAAGGAGACACAAAAAUGGCGGACAUGGAGAAAAUAUGCCCUGAGUCCUUUCCCUGUCGAGUCAGCUGUUUGGCAAAAACGUUUUUACAGGGAAAACUUUUCAUUCUUCUCUGCAUCCUCAUCGUGGAUUCCGGAGGAGCGAUGACCCACUGGGUUGUCACAGAGGACGGGAAAAUAAAACAGGAAGUUGAUUCACCUUUGAAUCUCAAGCAUCCGGAUGACGUGGUGAUCUUCAUGCGGCAGGAAUCUCGUGUUAGCUACCUCAAGAAACUGGAGAAGAUGCUAGUAGCACAGAAAAUUCACAUUGAGGAAAAUGAAGACAGGGACACCGGGCUAGAGCAGCGACACUACAAAGAGGAUGCAGAUUGCAUAAUGGCCAAAGUACCUCUUGGUGACCUUGACCUUUAUGAUGGAACUUACAUCUCUUUAGAGAGUAAAGACAUAAGCCCUGAGGACUAUGUGGAUUUACUCUCUGCUCUACCUCCGGAUCUUGAAAAGCCAGAUUGCGCAAAAGUAUUGGACCUACCUUAUAGUAUCCAUGCAUUCCAACAUCUUAGGGGUGUGCAAGAGCGGGCAAACCUCACCUCUCCAUUACUUUCAAAGGAGGACCCAAUUUUUAAUGCUUUGUCUCAUAAGCUGGGCCCCAUUAUAGACGUAGUGGGCCAUCGCAUCCAUCAGGCAUUGCUGAGGAAUGCAUCAUCCUGGGUGCUGUACAACAUGGCAUCUUUCUAUUGGCGUAUAAAAAACGAGCCUCUCAGGGCAAUGGAUUGCGUGGUGCGAGCUCUGCACUUUUCGCCUAGGCAUCACAAGGAUGUAGCGCUAGUUAAUAUGGCAAACAUCCUGCACCGCGCCCAUUUCUCAGCCGAUGCUGCUGUUCUAGCCCAUGCUGCUCUGGACCUCCCAUCGGACCUUUUCACCAGUCACUACACCUUGGGAAACAUUUAUGCUAUGCUUGGGGAAUACAACCACUCAGUGCUUUGCUAUGAGCAGGCAUUACAGGCCCAGCCAGACUUUGAGUUGGCCUUAAGAAGGAAACAUGCUGUUCUCUGCCAGCAAAAGCUUGAGCAGCGCCUAGAAGCCCAACACAGAUCCUUGCAACGGACACUGAACGAGCUAAAGGAGUAUCAAAAGCAGCAUGAUCACUUCCUUCGCCAGCAGGAGGGGCUAGAUAAACACAAGCUGUUGAAGGAAGAGCAGGUCCUGCACGACAUUAUCCAUGAGACUCAAAUGGCCAAGGAAGCCCAACUUGGGAACCAUCAAAUUUGCCGCCUGGGUCAACAGCAAGGCAGCCUCCACUGCCCUUUCGAUCUACCUGUGCGCUACCAUCGGGGUGACCUGUUUGAACAUGUGGAUUUUGUGCAAUUUGGAGAAGAGAUAUCGGUAGCAUCCAGUGUGGCACUUGUGUCAGAUCACAAUUCAAAUCGGACGGCACACAGCCCUCAGCUCCAUCCUUCGAUGUCAGGUGACCAGGAUCCUGUUGCUGCUCUCUGGAGCAGUCAUUAUGAGGAUACACAGUAUGUGCAGAAGUUGAUGUGGCCUCAGAGGGAAGACUGUGUUCGUGAAUACCCAAGUGUCCCUCCUGCGCACCUUUUGCCAACAUUUCACUUUUUUUCCGAAACGAAGAAUCACAGCUCAGUGGCAACUGUCCUCUAUGGCAAUCACAGUCCUCCUCAGACAGUGAACCUGCCAGUUUGUGGUUCUGUCUCCCAAGUGCAUUCUACUCCCCUGCCUGCUUCAAUGGACUGGCUUUUUAAAGACAAGCUGCCAGAUCACUUUGCCUCCCAGAUAUUGCAGUCCCGGAGUGGCGGUUUGACAUUGGAACAAAUUGGUUCUAAAAUUGCUGAAAAGAUGAAAUUAGACAAGUUAUCCAGCUGGCAGGUCCACAAUGAAGCAUCUCUAUUCUGGCGGGCCCAAGGAAAUGGCAGUAGUGCCCUUCAGUGCCUGCGCCAAGUGUGGAUCAAAGCCCCGCAUUCCCACCGCCCUUUGGCCCUCACAAAUGCUGCUAACUUGAUGCUACAUUAUGGAUUGACAACCCACGCGGAAGCAUUGGUCGAGCAAGCACUGGCUUACAAUGCAACUGAGCCCCAUGCACUACUCAGCCUCGUGAGCUUGCGGUUGGCCCAGGGCAAUGUGACAGGAGCUCUGGCAUUAUUCCGUCACACCAUGAUGACAGCCGUUUCCUCCUCCAGUUCCUUCUCAUCCUUUGCUAACUGUGAACAGUGUCGCAAAAGCAUACCCCUUCUGCGAUGUCUGCAAUUUUAUCCCUUCCUUUACAAUCUCUCAAGCCAACAGCCCUGUUCACAGGGUUCUGUUUGCGGCCCUGAGGAUGACCUGGCCAUACAGUUGGAGGAGUGGGAGGGCGGUGAAGAAAAAGAGGAUAUGUCUUCCAUUUCAGCCAUAGAAGACUCUCUGCUUUUUGAAAGGGUAAUUCUGGACACAAAUGGAUCUGGUGAGGCUGCAGGAAAACUGCAGGCUGUCCAUUCUUCAGGGAUGAUCCCCUCACUUGGAGGUGAUGGGGUCAAUGGUGAGGAGUGGCAGCUGAAGGAGGACCUCAUGGGAGCUUUUGAAGGAGCUUUGGAUGUCAGUAGUAAACAAGGUGACUUGCGGGGUAUCCGGGUGCUCAAGAAUGACCAUGUGAUUGAGCCCCACGGUGGAGGAGGGCCCUGCUUAGGAAAUUGUGAGGAUGACGACGGAUCAGAAUGGAUUACCUUUCAAGUUAAGAGAGUAAAAAAGGCAAAGGUGGAUGGGACUGUGAAUGUAGCCAUCUCUGAUGAUGGCCAGGAUGGGGAGCCAUUGCCUGAAGGGAAUUCUAUUCUGGAAAUUAGCGGACCAACUAUCCCAUCAACAGGUCCUCCAGGUCGCUGGAGAGACUAUACUAGUCUUGGCUGGCCAGGGCCAGAGGAGUGUCAGCGCACUAGAAGGGUUGACCUCACCACUGCGGCAAGCACUUGGCUCGCUGUGUCGGCCAAGAACAUCGACAUCACAGAGCACAUAGAUUUUGCCACCCCACUCCAGGAGCCAGCUGCCGAGCCUUUAUGCAAUGCAAACCUUGCUGCCAGUAUGCACACCCUUGACCAUUUGGCAGGCAUGGCUAAUCGAGCUGCUAUCCACUACACAGGAGAGAGCCAACUCAGUGAGGUACUACAAAAUCUUGGCAAAGAGGAAUUCUCCCCUCAGUCCUUUGAGCAGGUGGGGACUCGAAUUGCCAAAGUAUUGGAGAAGAAUCAGACAUCGUGGGUAUUAUCCAGUAUGGCUGCACUUUAUUGGAGAGUGAAAGGUCAAGGCAAGAGAGCGAUUGACUGCCUACGACAAGCCCUCAAUUAUGCUCCCUAUCACAUGAAGGAUGUUCCCCUCAUCAGCUUGGCCAACAUCUUCCAGAAUGCUCGAUUGUGGGAAGAUGCGCUUACUGUUGCGCGCAUGGCCGUAGAAAUUACUCCACACUUUGUUGUUAAUCACUUCACUCUUGCCAACGUCUACAUAGCAAUGGAGGAGUUUGAAAAGGCAAUGCACUGGUACGAGUCCACGUUGAAACUGCAACCUGAGUUCGCCCCUGCCAAAGACCGACUGAGGACUAUUCAGUGUUACCUCCUUACCAAGAGGGAACGUCGUUAUCCCUAAAUCACCAAACCGAUUGUUUCCAGUAUCAUGCCCUCAUGAAAUCAAGAACACACAAACAUAUGUCCAUGGUUCAAAGAUAAAAACAUUUACUUCUCUGUAAUUUUUAAACUGCCACAACAACUGUUCAAAACAAUUUGUUGUCAAAAAUUGCAGCUGACACUAUCUAUUCUGUUUUCUAAACAGUGUUUACAAAUAUGGAAGGGAACUAUGGCAUUUAUGUGUCACCGUUGAUGACAUUUGAACAUUUAUGCAAGAGUUUGCAUUUAAAAUAAAAGGGAAACCCAUUGAUAGUAGUAUUCUGAUGGAACUACAGUGGGGCAAAUAAGUAUUUAGUCAACCAUUAAUUGUGCAAGUUCUCCUACUUGAAAAUAUUAGAGAGGCUUGUAAUUGUCAACAUGGGUAAACCUCAGAUGGUGGAAACUAAGUAUUUGGUCAAUACCAAAAGUUCAUCUCAGUACUUUGUUAUGUACCCUAUGUUGGCAAUAACGGAGGCCAAACGUCUUCUGUAACUCUUGACAAGCUUUUCACACACUGUUGCUGGUAUUUUGGCCCAUUCCUCCAUGCAGAUCUCCUCUAGAGCAGUGAUGUUUUGGGGCUGUCGUUGGGCAACACGGACUUUCAACUUCCUCCACAGAUUUUCUAUGGGGUUGAGAUCUGGAUACUGGCUAGGCCACUCCAGGACCUUGAAUUGCUUCUUACGAAGCCACUCCUUGGUUGCCCUGGCUGUGUGUUUGGGAUCAUUGUCAUGCUGAAAGACCCAGCCCCGUCUCAUCUUCAAUGCCCUUGCUGAUGGAAGUACAUUUUCACUCAAAAUCUCUCGAUACAUGGCCCCAUUCAUUCUUUGCUUUACACAGAUCAGUCGUCCUGGUCCCUGUGCAGAAAAACAGCCCCAAAGCAUGAUGUUUCCAGCCCAAUGCAUCACAGUCGUUAUGGUGUUCUUCGGAUGCAAUUCAGUAUUCUUUCUCCUCCAAACAUGAGAUCCUGUGUUUCUACCAAAAAAGUUCUAUUUUGGUUUCAUCUGACCAUAACACAUUCUCUCAGUCCUCUUCUGGAUCAUCCAAAUGCUCUCUAGCAAACCGCAGACGGGCCUGGACGUGUACUUUCUUCAGCAGGGGGACACGUCUGGCAGUGCAGGAUUUGAGUCCCUGGCGGUGCAUUGUAUUACUGAUAGUUGCCUUGGUUACUGUGGUCCCAGCUCUCUGUAGGUCAUUCACUAGGUCCUCCCGUGUGGUUCUGUGAUUUUUGCUUACCGUUCUUGUUAUCAUUUUGACGCCACGGGGUGAGAUCUUGCAUUGAUCCCCAGAUCGAGGGAGAUUAUCAGUGGUCUUGUAUGUCUUCCAUUUUCUAAUAAUUGCUCCCAUAGUUGAUUUCUUUACACCAAGCGUUUUACCUUUUGCAGAUUCAAUCUUCCCAGCCUGGUGCAGGUCUACAAUUUUGUCUCUGGUGUCCCUCGACAGCUCUUUGGUCUUAGCCAUAGUGGAGUUUGGAGUGUGACUGACUGAGGUUGUGGACAGGUGUCUUUUAUAUCGAUAAUGAGUUAAAACGGUUGCCAUUAAUACAGGUAACGAGUGGAGCCUCGUUAGACCUCGUUAGAAGAAGUUAGACCUCUUUGACAGCCAGAAGUCUUGCCUGUUUGUAGGUGACCAAAUACUUAUUUUUCACUCUAAUUUGCAAAUAAAUUCUUUAAAAAUCAAACAAUUAGAUUUUCUGUUGUUUUGUUUUUCCACAUUCUGUCUCUCAUGGUUGAGGUUUACCCAUGUUGACAAUUACAGGCCUCUCUAAUCUUUUCAAGUAGGAGAACUUGCACAGUUGGUGGUUGACUAAAUACUUACUUGCUCCAUUGUACAGCUGAACUGAAAUGUGUGAACUAUGUGACCAGGCAACAGUGUUGUGUCUUAAAUUUAUUAUAACAGUAGGUCUAUGAUUGUCCAAGUAAUUGCUGAGAUGAAAUGUGUUUCUAAUCUCAGUGGUCACAUAGUUUAAAAAAAAAUAUUUGGCCUCAUCUUGUCCCCUCAUGAAAUGGACCCUAAUGUUUGCACUUCAAUCAUUCCUAUUUGUUUGGGACCUACAAACUGAUUUUGCUCAAAGUAAUCUUAAUGAAAAAGUAUGAAUGAUGCUACAUUUGCUUUUCAAUAUGUCAGGCAGAAAAAAAGAUUUCCCUCUGGCCAUCACAAGUGGAAUCUGUAUUGAGUGUACAGUAUUAAAAGCCCUAU